AUGGAUGAUCCGUCUUGGGAAUCUGCUGCUUUCCGUUUUAUUCCAGACGUUAACCUCGAUAGUUCAUUGAAGGGAUCACUGCGUGCUGCUCAUUGGUCAAUGUCUGAUGAUGAUGCGCUGAAUUCAGUUUUCGUUUCCAAUACCGAUUUACCAUAUAACGCAAUUGGACACCUUUCACCAGUCGAUUACAAAAAGGGCGAGAAUUUCCCGAAAACAGGUCCAAACAGAGUGUGGAAAGUGUUUUCAAAGGAAGCGUUGAAGAAGCCACAACUGAUGGAGUUUUUUUCUGAACUUCGAAAUGUGACAAAGGCAAACUACAAGCACCCGCCAUCCGGCCGCCCAAAAUUUCGUCUUUCGAAAAAUAUUUGUUAUGUGAACGCAGUUGAAUGGUUAGCAAGUUCAAUUGAAACAAGUGCUCUUGGUGGUCGCAACUGCGUGAACAUGUUGCUUGAAGACCUUGGGCUGCAGAUGAUCAAAAAACCCAUAAAAAACGAGUUGUAG